AUGAUGUCGGACAACAAUGCCCACCCAGGUGUUCGCAGCCUGCUUGCCAAGUUUGAGAACAGCCCAAGCCAGGUGAACUCGCCGCCCUCGCGGGGAAGAUCGCCUGUUUGCUCGGAUACCCCAGGUUCUACCCGCCCGCUCUCAAAAGUUCGCGCUAGCUUUGUGACGGUGGAUGGAGUGGUUCAGUCUAACCCAGGCUCGCCAUUACGAAAGACAAGUGGACGCAGUGAUAGUUCUGGGAUCUUUGGUCCCAAGAUCAAUGAACAGGCUGUGGAAGCGCGUCGCCAAAAUGUAGCGACCCCAACACCGGGCAGUCCAAGUGAUAGCCAGCGGGGUGUUCUCGAUCAAGUGGCCAAAGCUGUUGUAUUGGAGACAAAUGCGACCGUGGUCAAGAAUUCAGACAACAAUGAACCUACGCCUGCAGUGAACACCGCAUCUCCAGGAAAGGAGACACCACCUAAAAAGACUGAGAAGCGCAGCCCAGCUGCAUCUACACCUACACCUGCUACAGCGGCUUCAGAUAAGCCAGCUGCCAAAGUAAUUACAAAGCGCCCAUCAUCUAUCAAUGCCACAAAGGCCAGUGUUUCGCAUAAGCCAGCUUCGCCUGCGGCUUCCACUGCCUCUAAACAGCCAGCCACCACAGGAACAAAGUCUGCCAGAGAAACGGCCAAGGAGCGUGCUGGUACUCUUGCUACCAAACCAAGCCGUGCCGCAUUGAACUCAGCAGUCAAGGCUGCCCCCAGGACCACCAGGGGCUCGACGCCUUCGCAAGAGAGCUCAAAAACCUCUCCCCCGAAUAGCGCAAAGGCUCAACCAAGAUCCCCCACUAAGCCUGUUCGUUUGCCGGCUUCUAUGACUGCACAGACGCAAGCAUCAUCUGCCAAGGUGGGAAGUACAGCACCUGCUACCGGUCGCAUUAGUGCUGCUACCUCAACACUCACAAGAAAGCCAUCAUCUCUGAAGAGUGCAGCUGGUGCGGGACAGACACGAUCUCCUGUGAACGCCACAACAAGUGUGCGCAGACAACCAUCCCGACCUUCACUUCCCUCACAAACCAACUCAGAGCGGCCCAGCUCUCGUGUCAGCAGUGUGGGUACCAGCAAGCCUGCUGUUAACGAAGGCUUCCUUGCAAGAAUGAUGCGUCCAACUGCCAGUUCAGCAAGCAAAAGCCAUGAGAAGCCAGAUGAAAAGCCUGCUCAACCUUCCACCACUGUUCACAAAUCCCCACGGGCAUCAUUGGCACGAACUCCAGAGCGCAGUGUUCAGCAACCCAAGGCUAAACCUUUGGCUUUACGUCCUCAAUCAGAGAAGACUCCUGCAUCCAACAAGGAGCCGCUUUCUAAGAAGGAGCCUAGCAAGCCCAAGGUUACUCAGCCAGAGCAGGACAGUGAGAAAGAGAAUGUUGAAGAUCAAACACUGGUUAUUCCGGAAGAGCCCGAGUCUACUGACGCCCAUGAAACCAUUGAAACAUCCAAGCCUGAAGCCCCGGUGGAAGUGCCUACAGCUGUCGCCAAGGAAGAAGUUAAUGAGCCCGCUGUUGAGUCAUCGGCAGAUGCAAUUGAGCCUACUGCCAUUGAGGCCCCAGUGGAGCCUACUCCAGCUCCUAUCGAACCUACUGCCGAGAGUAUUGAGAAGGAAGAAGCUCAGGAAUCUGCCGAGUCCACCGAAAAGACCGAUGAUGUUGUGGCCUCCAGUGAAGUCGCAAAGGAAUCCCCCGUUGAAAUCUCAACUGAAGCUAUCACCGACGGGGAUGCCACUCCUGAAUUUGCUGACGCCCAGACCGAAUCUACCGAAGAGGUCUUUGGCACUCCUUCCGACUCUGGCUCUGAGAAGGAAACUGGUGCUGCCCACGCAGAAGAUGCUGUAGCCGAAAAACCCAGCGUUUCCGAAGCUCCUCCGUCCCUUGAUGGUCCUACCGAUAUUGCCGACGAGGUCGCUAAAACCACCAAUGGCGCCAUUGCCGUCCCUGAGGACUUGACCAAGUCCGAGGAGAAACCAGCUGGCGAUGAUUCUGUUGCACAAGAAGUCGCGCCCGAGGCUAAGCAGGAUGUCGAAGAAAUUGAUUUCGUCAGCCUUGCACUCAACUAG